UAGUUUUUUCUCUCUCUCGUCGCAAUGAAAAGUACUAACUAGGUAGUAGUAGUAGUAGGAAGAUGGUUAAAAACCCGUAAACGUAAACCCUAGUAGUUUAAAUAGCCUCCAUCUUCUUCCACUGUUUUCUCUCUCAACUCAAUACAAAUCGCAAGGCACUUCUUACUCGCUGUUUGAUUCGAGUUUGCUCUCUCGCUCCCGCUCUAAACCCUAGAGCACGCUCUUUCUAGGGUUUAGAUUUCGAUUCCUCGUUGAUUUCGGAAUUCGUGUUUUACACGUUGAUCGGAGAAUUUUUUUUUUCUAUCGAAUUUUCGGGGUCAUGGAUCUUCCUAGUCUCGCUGUUAUACUCCAAGCCGCUCUCAGUCCCAAUCCGGAUGAACGGAAAACAGCUGAGCAGAGCUUGAAUCAGUUUCAGUAUGCGCCUCAGCAUCUGGUGAGGUUGUUGCAAAUCAUUGUAGACAACAACGUUGACAUGGGUGUACGACAAGUGGCGAGUAUUCAUUUCAAGAACUUUAUUGCCAAAAAUUGGUCUCCUCUUGAUGAUACGCAACUGAAGAUCUCACAGAGUGAUAAGGAUGUGGUGAGGGAUCACAUUCUUGUGUUUGUAACCCAGGUUCCUCCUUUGUUGAGGGUACAGCUUGGUGAAUGCCUUAAAACAGUUAUACAUUCUGAUUAUCCUGAGCAGUGGCCUCAUCUUCUUGACUGGGUGAAGCAUAACUUACAGGAUCAACAAGUCUAUGGUGCCUUAUAUGUGCUGCGGAUUCUUUCUAGAAAAUACGAGUUCAAGUCAGAUGAGGAAAGGGUACCAGUUUAUCGCAUUGUUGACGAGACAUUCCCUCACCUUCUCAAUAUAUUUAACAGGCUUGUCCAGAUUGUUAAUCCAUCACUUGAAGUAGCUGAUUUAAUCAAGCUUAUCUGUAAAAUCUUCUGGUCCUCCAUAUAUUUGGAGAUUCCUAAGCUGUUGUUUGAUCAAAAUAUCUUCAAUGCAUGGAUGAUGCUUUUUUUAAAUAUAUUGGAGAGGCCUGUCCCCUCUGAAGGUCAGCCUGUUGAUCCUGAUCUUAGAAAAUCAUGGGGUUGGUGGAAGGUCAAGAAAUGGACAGUUCACAUUCUCAAUAGGCUCUACACUCGUUUUGGAGACUUGAAGCUGCAAAACCCCGAAAAUAGAGCCUUUGCUCAAAUGUUUCAGAAGCAUUAUGCGGGGAAAAUUUUAGAGUGCCACUUAAAUCUGUUAAAUGUCAUUCGUGUAGGGGGCUAUUUACCUGACAGAGUUAUCAACCUAAUUCUUCAAUAUCUAAGCAACAGCAUUUCAAGGAAUAGUAUGUAUACUCUGCUGCAACCACGGCUUGAUGCCCUUCUUUUUGAAAUAGUGUUCCCCCUUAUGUGCUUCAAUGAUAAUGAUCAAAAGCUUUGGGAUGAAGAUCCACAUGAAUAUGUAAGGAAAGGCUAUGACAUUAUUGAAGAUCUUUAUAGUCCUAGGACUGCUUCCAUGGAUUUUGUGAGUGAGUUGGUUCGAAAACGUGGGAAAGAAAAUCUUCAAAAAUUUAUUCAAUUUAUUGUUGAAAUUUUCAGAAGGUAUGAUGAGGCUUCUGCAGAAUACAAGCCCUAUAGACAAAAAGAUGGUGCUCUUCUUGCUAUUGGAGCACUUUGUGACAAAUUGAAGCAGACUGAGCCAUACAAAUCUGAACUUGAGCAUAUGUUAGUGCAACAUGUCUUUCCUGAGUUCAGCUGUCCUGUUGGCCACCUUAGGGCUAAGGCAGCAUGGGUUGCAGGACAAUAUGCCCAUAUUAACUUCUCAGAUCAGAAUAAUUUUCGGAGCGCUUUGCAGUGUGUUGUAUCCAGAAUGCAGGAUUCUGAACUUCCUGUGCGUGUUGAUUCAGUUUUUGCUUUGCGUUCUUUUAUUGAAGCUUGCAAAGAUUUGAAUGAAAUCCGUCCUAUUCUUCCUCAACUCCUUGAUGAGUUUUUCAAGCUUAUGAAUGAAGUCGAGAAUGAGGAUCUUGUAUUUACAUUGGAGACUAUUGUGGACAAGUUUGGGGAAGAGAUGGCCCCUUAUGCGCUUGGGCUAUGCCAAAAUUUGGCCGCUGCAUUUUGGAGGUGUAUGAACACUGCAGAAGCUGAUGAAGAAGCUGAUGAUCCAGGUGCUCUUGCUGCAGUUGGUUGUUUACGUGCUAUUAGCACAAUACUUGAAUCAGUGAGCAGGCUUCCUCAUCUUUUUGUUCAAAUUGAGCCAACUUUGCUUCCCAUAAUGCGUAGAAUGUUAACAACUGAUGGUCAAGAGGUUUUCGAAGAAGUUUUGGAGAUUGUAUCAUAUAUGACUUUUUUCUCUCCAACAAUAUCAUUGGAUAUGUGGAGUCUUUGGCCAUUGAUGAUGGAAGCACUGGCAGAUUGGGCAAUUGAUUUCUUUCCAAAUAUUUUGGUUCCUUUGGACAACUAUAUUUCAAGGGGAACUGCUCAUUUCCUUACUUGCAAAGAACCCGACUAUCAACAGAGUUUAUGGAACAUGAUUUCAUCUAUUAUGUCAGAUAAAAAUAUGGAGGACAAUGAUAUUGUGCCGGCUCCAAAGCUUAUCGAAGUUGUCUUCCAGAAUUGCAGAGGACAAGUCGAUCACUGGGUUGAGCCAUAUCUCAGAAUUACAGUUGAACGCUUGCAUCACACUGAAAAAUCAUAUUUGAAAUGUCUUUUCAUGCAAGUGAUUGCAGAUGCUCUUUACUACAAUGCAGCUUUGACUCUCAGCAUAUUGCAAAAGCUAGGUGUUGCAUCAGAAAUAUUCCAUCUUUGGUUCCAUUUGCUUCAACAAGUUAAGAAGAGUGGAAUGCGUACUAAUUUUAAAAGGGAACAUGAAAAGAAAGUAUGCUGCCUUGGUUUAACAUCAUUACUGGCACUCCCAGCUGAUCAAUUGCCAGCGGAGGCUUUAGGUCGGGUGUUCCGGGCCAAUCUUGAUCUUCUAGUUGCCUACAAGGAACAAGUUGCAGAGGCUGCAAAAGAGGAAGAAGCUGAAGAUGAUGAUGAUAUGGAUGGUUUUCAAACUGAUGAUGAAGAUGAGGAAGGAAAUGGUUUUGACAAGGAAAUGGGAGUUGAUGCUGAUGAGGGAGAGGAUGCUGAUACUAUCACACUUAGAAAGUUGGCUGAACAGGCGAAGUCAUUCCGGCCCAAUGAUGACGAUGAUGAUGAUUCAGAUGAUGACUUUAGUGAUGAUGAAGAGUUGCAGUCCCCAAUUGAUGAGGUUGAUCCUUUUGUUUUCUUUGUGGAUUCAAUCAAAGUGAUACAAUCAUUGGAUCCAUCGAGGUUUGAGAACCUUACCCAGAAGCUUGAGUUCAAUUAUCAAGCUCUUGCUAAUGGUGUUGCCCAGCAUGCUGAGCAGAGAAGGGCAGAAAUUGAAAAAGAAAAAUUAGAGAAGUCGACGGCUGCCACAGCUUCUUAAGCUUCUGAAUGUACAUUAUUACUGCUGCAUUUUUUAAUUCUCAAGUUCCCUGUUACCCAUUCUUUAGGAGAAUCAGAGGGUUGCCUAUAUUUGAGGCAUUUGUCGGCUUUGUGGUCGCCAGUUGUUGGUCUUUGAUCAUGAAGAGUUUGCAGUUUUGAAGUGCUCGGAGCUCUGUGCACCGAAGUUGCCAUUGUCCAGAGAGAGGAUUGCAUUCGAGGAACUGUGGAGUCAGCAGUUUCUCCAGGUCUUAGUUCACAGCUUAUUGUUUGGUGCUUUGGGGCUAUCCUUUUGGAGGAAAGUGCCCAUUCUUGCCAAGACUGUGUUGUCCCCUUCCUCCCCUUUCCCUUUUGUGGGCUCCUUUUAUAGUCUCCAUGUAUGUGCCAACUUAUUGUUUCAUGGAUACAACUCUGUAAUAUUUUGUACCUGUCACAUAGACGGGUAUGUAGGGUCGCCAAUUGCUUUAUUGGUAAUUUUUGGUGAGGGAUGAUAUAAAAAAUUUUGUUUUUUUUACAUCCUUUUUCAGUCAUUAUUUUUGGGUUGAGAGUAUAGUCCAUGAGUAUUGAUGAAGGCAUCAGUUUUGGGUUAUACAAAGCUUUUUUAAGGGUCCCUUACUCCGCAGGUUGUAAAACAGUUAUGUUCAUUCAUUAUAUAAAUAUUUUGUGGGAAGCAAUCAGCUCGAUUCAUGUUUA